ACCGGCCGUGGGCACCGCAUGAAAGCCAAUUGGGACUCAACUAUUGACCCCAACGAGCCUUCCACUGCCGUGCGGUGCACUUUUAUUAGAAGCCGAAUCUCCUAAAUCAACCGCCAAACAACUCCCUCACUUUUCCCAUUCAUUCCAAUUCUCAUCCAUAGUAACACAAAAAAGCCAAAACCAAACCGGAAAUCUCCAGAUUCUGUUGCCCGGCAUUAUUAUUAAAACCAAAACUCUAAAUUCCUCCAAUAAAUCUACUACUACAACCCCCACCUUAUCAUAAUUCACAAGUGUUCCUUCUCGUCACAUCCCCACCCAAACUAAUCGUCAACAGCCCCAAUUACUGCUUAACAUUGAGCACAUUAUUAAAGCCAAAAAAGAAAGGAAAAAAAAAGAUUUUUCUUCUCUCUUUUCACGUCAACUUGUCCUUCAUUAUUAGGCCAGGCUUUUGUCCUUCUGUCCUCAGUUCAAUUCAACCACAAUCAUGUCUUCUAUCUCACAAGGCCUGGUCUUGGCGACAGCAAUGGCCGUUUCAGCUGGCACCAUAAUCCUGUUUGAUCUUUGCCGUGAAAAGUAUUUCCCAUCGACAACCCAGUUGGCCCGUACUCGAGAUGCCCAUCAACAAAAGCAGAAUUUGAAACCCUGCUUGUCUUCAGGUGGAAAGAAAGGGGAGAAAAACAAGAAGAAGAAAAGAGUCCAGUUUGCAGCAGAUGUGAAGGAGCCAAGUAGGAACGGUGAAGACUACAGGAGGGAGCACGGUCGGAAGUCAACAAGAAUUCAGAGCGUUUCUUGCGGAAUGCCAGCAAACCGGGUGGCUUUGUACAGUGGAAUCCUUAAAGAUCGGUUACAACGUACGGAGUUUUCUUAUUAAUGGUCAGGGAAUUUUAUCUUUUCGACUGUAAAAUUGGAAGGGGUCUAGGAAGGGGAAGAAAUUUUGGUGUUUCCCCAGUUGGUUCAAAGUUUGUAAAUAUGGAAAACUUGUGUAGUCCUUCGAAGUCUCAAGUGUUUUCGUUUUUUGGGGAAUUUAGAAAGUUACCGCUGGAUUCUGACUAUUGAAUCUCAAAUUCUUCUGAAUCAAUCUACUAGCUGGUGUCCAGCUUCUCUUCUGUUUCUAAA